AGAAGAAGAAGAAGAAGAAGAAGAGGAUGAGAAGCAGUAUGAGGACGACUCAGUGGAUGAGUUGGAAGAGCCGGCGGCCUCUGAUCUGACCGAGGGCGCUUGGCAAUCCUCAUGUCAAAAGGAUGAAGCAUUUCCAGGGAUUUUUGAAGGAUCUGAAGAAGAACUGGGGGCUCUGCAGUCCUUCUGUGCCAGCAGGAUUAGCCAUCUUCAUCGUCAGAGGAUGUCAGAGCCACUGAGAAGAAACAGCCCUAAGAAACAGAGGCCUAGCAUAGUUUCAGAGAGGCAGCUGACGGGAGGUGACGACUGUGCGGUCCCUUCUGAGCUGGUCAAGAGGCUUCAUCUGAAAAGUCUCAAGGAGAUGAUGAAACAGAUAGCAGAAACUAAAAUGCACCAACCUUCACAAUGCCCCUUUUGCAUGAAGAAAAGAGCAGAGUUUGCAGAAGUUGAAUUUCUCCGUCGAAAGAAAACUAUAUUAGACAAUGUUUUGCUUCAAGAGAAACUGGAAGACUAUAUGUACACCAAAGAUUCUCUCACACUCAUCGGAGAAAUACAUGAAAGUCUUCCUAAGCUUUCCGAAGAUCCUAGCAUUAUAUGGCAGGAACUGAAUAAAAGAGGACUUUGCAAGGGUGCCUUCUGGAUUCUUCCGUGGUCCAGAUAUGGCUCUUGGUUCAGGACUGUGAAGAGCCUCUUCGCUGCCCUCUAAAGGUUCUUGGGGAUUUUGAAAAUGUGACAUGGUAAGCACUGUUUUAGGCCAAAAAUUAGCUGGGCAUCCUCAGAAUCCAGGUUUGUCACCUCUGCUCUGUAUUCUGGAAACCCAGAUUUUUUUGAGGAUGG